AUGGCUUCUUCACGAGACGGAUACUCUUGGACCGAGAAGCAAGGCCUGAAGUCUGGCGUGCCCUGCAUCGGCACCAUCCAGCCUCCCACAAACCUUGAUCGCGCUUCCACAGAGGUCUUUGACGUGAUCGUAGUUGGAGCUGGAUAUUGCGGCCUAACAGCGGCUCGAGAUCUCACAACAAGUGGUAUUCUAGUGGCUGACAACCCGGGUUCUCGCUUAGGCCUCCGAACACUCCUUAUUGAGGCCCGCGAUCGAAUCGGCGGCCGCUCCUGGUCUUCUGACAUCGAUGGCUACAGUUUUGAGCUUGGCGGGACUUGGAUCUUUUGGGGACAAGCCAAUGUCUGGCGCGAGAUCCUCCGGUACCAGAUGCAGGACGAGCUGGUAUCCUCGUACGACUUCUCGAAAGGUCUCAACAAAUACAUCCUAGUCAACACCGAGCGAGCUCAGCACUUCACACAUGAAGAAGAGGACGAGAUGAUGGAGUCGGGCCUUCGGAAGCUGGUCAACGUCGACGGCGAGUACGGUAAGCGGGUGAUCCCGUUUCCACACACGGCUGCCUUCACGGCAGAGGCACUCCGAUACGACAAGAUGUCUGUGGCCGACCGACUCUCAGAGAUAAAGGACUCCCUUACACCCAAUGAACUUUCAGGGGUUGAGGCCUUUGUGCUCCUGUGCAGCGGCGGCACGCUCGAGACGACCAGCUUCUUCGAGUUUCUUCACUGGUGGGCCCUGAGCGACUACAGCUAUCAGGGGUGCAUAGACUACCUGGUCAAAUACAAGUUUCGCGGCGGCCAGUCGAGCUUUGCCAUCCGCUUCUUCCGUGAGGCGUUGGCUAGCGGGAACCUGAGCUACGCGUUCAAUUCACCCGUCGCCGAAAUCGACGAUACGAAGGAUUUUGUGACCGUCAGCACCAGGGAUGGGAAACAAUACAGGGCGAAGAGAGUUAUCAGCGCGAUACCCUUGCAGGUCAUGAAUAAUGUCGUCUUCAACCCUCCAUUGCCUAGUGGGAAGAGGACAGCUGCUAGCAUCGGCCACGUGAACCAGUGUGUCAAGGUGCACGCCGAGGUACGAAACAAGGACUUGCGUUCGUAUACUGGCAUCGCCCGUCCCGAAAACGGACUUUUCUACGCCUUUGGAGACGGGACUACUCCAGCCGGCAACACGCACAUUGUCGCUUUUGGCGGACAGAACGGGCAUUUCGACCCUGAGGACAACAUUGGAACUACAGCUAGAAAGCUGCAAGGGCUUGUGCCGAUGGACAUUGAAAGACUCGUCUUUCACAACUGGUCCAAGGAUGAAUUUGCAAAAGGAGCUUGGUUCUUCUCGCAGCCAGGGCUGCUCUCCAACCACCUUGGCGACAUGAGAGCCCGGCAUGGUAAGGUCAUAUUCGGGAGCUCGGACUGGGCCCUCGGUUGGCGUAGCUUUAUCGAUGGUGCGAUUGAGGAGGGUACUCGCGCAGCCCUCACGGCUCGGACUGACCUGGCUCCCUCACAACUGAAGGGGAAGUUGUAG